AUGACGGUAAUACAGACUCAAGUCCUUCCUUCUACAUCUUUCCAUCUUGCAUUAGAAAACUACUCGCGGAGUCAAGACAAGAACAAUGUCCUCGGAUUCCGGGAGUGCUCGCUUCAAGAUGUACUCGACGAGAUUACUCAAGUUGAAAGCUUACACGAGGAGAAAUGGGUUUCUAAGUACCGUAUCAGGUCUCGGCUGAAUCAUCUCAUCAGCUUUGUGGAUCGGUAUGCCAAGGCUGUUGACUGCCUUGUACAGACUGCGAAUGGAUCUGGUGUCAACCCAGCGGCAUUCAUCUGGGGGCUUUUGCGGGUGCUUCUAGAAACGGCUUCCUCAGCAGUCAAGUACUUCGCAAGCCUCAUGGACCUGCUGGAGGAUCUGGGCAGAGCAGCGUCGCUUUACACGCAGUACGACAAUAUGUAUUCACAUCAUCCACGGUUCCAAAAUGCACUUGUGAAUGUGUAUGUGGAUAUCAUGCUUGUCCUGCAGAAGGCCCAUUUCAGGGAUGAUAUUGUCCUCGUCAAACGACACUUGUCCUCCCUCGAGCAAGAGACAACUCUCGCACAUCGCUCGGAGGUUCAUAUACUUGCACUGGCCACUAAACAAGCAGUUAUCGUCCCUGAAACUGACUCUAAUAUUGUUGAGAAAGUGACACGAUGGCUUGCGCCGAUAGAUUGCUACAGUCGGCUCGAUGAUAUCACUGCGACACGAGAUACAGGAUCGGGAACUUGGCUGUUAGAGAACGAAACAUACUCGGAGUGGAAGAACAGCUUCUCGGAGCCUAUUAUUUGGAUCACAGGGCAGCCCGGUAUUGGCAAGACAGUCUUGAGCUCCACUAUUAUAACCAACAACAGACGCCAGGACUCAAACCUAAACUCGAUAGUGGGAUUCUUCCAUUGUGAUGCGGGCAACGCACGUGCAAAAACUGCCAAUGAUGUCCUGUCCAACAUAAUCUUCCAGAUCCUCGAGGGCUUAAGAUCGAAAGAUGGAUCUAUUGAUUUGCCGCAGUGCAUCGUGAGAUCUUAUCAUCGGUCAACGACGUUCGGCCGACAGUCUAUAACCAACGACGACUCCCCUGGAGAUCUGCUGCUCGAGCUUGUUCCUGAAAACGCGCAGCUUAUACUGAUAAUAGAUGGGAUCGACGAGCUGGACAACCCCGAAGAGUUAAUAAUGGUACUAGAUGGCCUUGUACUUCAAACCACCAGGAUACAAAUCGCGUUUCUGGGGCGAGAGCUUCCACAAUUUGAACAGCAUGUUGGCUCAAAACCUCACAUCAGGAUAUCAACAGACGCCUCUCAGCACGAUAUAGCCUCUUAUGUCGCUAGGAAUUCAGGAAUAAUACCGGUGGAUGAUGAUCAUUUAAGGCAGGAGAUUGUCAAAGAGAUCACCUCACGGGCUGAGGGUAUGUUUCUUUGGGCGCACCUCGUACUAGAAGACAUCUCUACAUCUACAAGCAUCACUUCCUUGAAAGGCACGAUGCGGCAUUGUCCCGCUGGGCUCGACGCGAUAUAUGCACGAUUCUUGGAUAAACUGGCUUCUCAGACGCGGCAUCGACGCACACUGGCUUCAGACAUCUUAAAUUGGAUAUGCUGUGCAGCUCGGCCAUUGACGCUGAACGAAUUGGAGGCAGCACUCUCCACGAGCGUCACAAAGGGAAUUGUUGAUGAUGACGACAAGCCGUUUCGCAGAACUAUACUUGACAUCUGUGGGCCAUUUAUUGCCAUCUCACCAGGUAGCAAUCUCAUCCGACCGGUUCAUCACUCAUUCCGAGAAUAUAUGCUAGGCCCUAGGAUGACCAUGUCCUUAAAUGAUGAGGCAAAGAAAUUUUUGAUCGUCCAACGACAAGCCCAUGCACAAUUGGCUAUUCGCUGCCUGAUAUACUCUCAAUUAAGGCUGCCAAGCGAACUUGGGAGGAAUGAUGAGCCGGGCAGCUUCUAUCGAUACGCUAUCAAUACGUGGUGCCACCAUGCGCUCUCAAGCGACUACGACGAAGCUCUGGAGCAGCGGAUUUUGAACUUUCUUUCAAUAGAUAAACAGCGACAGACAUGGCUGUAUUGGAUGCUUUUCAAGUCACACGAACCAUUCCCGUUCGCGAAAGUUAUCUGGUUGCAGAAGUUCCUGGCAGAGUGGUUGGCAAAUGGCAAGGAAACAAAACCCAGAGAUCCCGAGUGGAGCGGAAAGGAUUGGUCAAUCAAUACAUUAUCGCUUAUCUUGGAUGUUCCGGAUGACACAUUCGAAGUCACGUACUUUGGAAAGAUGAUGGUAAUAAGGGAUCUUGCUAGGAGACUUAACCAUACCAAACAACUCUCUGCAGCUGUGGAUCUCUUAGAAAAGCUUCAAUCAACAGAAAAGGACUACCAAACAGAGGGAGCCAUCAAGACCAUGCUACUUCUGAACUCACUUGGAAUCUUGUACGACCAACAGGGGCGCUUUGACCUAGCGAUCCACACGCAUCGGGAAGCUCUUGCAAUCCAAACAUUCCAUCUGGGAGAAUCACACCCAAAGUCCCUCUGGAGCCUCAACGAGAUGGGACGAAUGUACCGCCACCUUGGCUUGCUCGAAGAAUCCGAAAAGAUGCACUCACGUGCCUUGGAACACUUAUCAAUCGCCCUUCCUGACGACCAUCCGGAGAUGAUCUGGACCAUAAACACCCUUGCCACCACCCUGAGGAAGAUGCGGCGGCCUGAGGAGGCUCUCAAACUACACAUGAAAGCAUAUGAAGCGCGAGCAAGAAGCCUCGGUGACUUACACGUGCAUACUUUGUGGUCGGCUGGAGACGUAGCCAAAUGCUAUCGUGACCAGAACCUUGCUCACGACGCGCUGGAGUGGUACCGCAAGGCCUACAACGGUCGUUCAAGGACGCUAGGGCCCGAGCAUCCCGAUACACUAUGGUCGAUGAACGACCUGGGAAACGUGCUACAGGAACUUGGCAGAAGCACUGAGGCAUACGACACACAAACGCGCGCGCGUGAAGCGCAGAAAAGAGUCUUGGGAGUCGACCACGAGCAUACAAUGUGGACCAUGAAAAAGGUUAAGUGCUUCCGUAAUGAACUGAGAAUGGUUGACUGUGGUUAA